AGCUUAAGGAUUUCAUGAUUGUUUGCUCACGACAAGACGAGGAGAAAAAUUAAUCACAACAGACUUCGUUUUGGGCCCCCCAUCCUGAAGAUUAUAAUAUCUGUAAUCUAACCUGGAUCUUCACCGUUUAACAACACUGAUCUUCUAUAGGACAGUUUCCACUAACCAGUCAGAAAUGACACACAAGCUUUUGGGAGAGGCGUCAUGAUAUAUACACAGCCAGUGAUGAAGUACAUAUUGGUGGUCACAAUAUUUGCCAUUGGAGGAAAGGGCGAGGAGUGUCCCUUGGGUACAUAUGGUGAAACCUGUGAUAAAAACUGCAGUACUAACUGUGCCCCUUCUCCUUUUGACAAGGCGGUCUUCUGUCACAAACUGACUGGAAGAUGUUCAGAAGGAUGCAAAAGAGGCUGGCAUGGGGACCAGUGUAAUCUGGGGUGUAGCAAGAACUGCCUCAACUAUGUCUGUAACGUAGAUACUGGAACUUGCAUAAGAUGUAAAGCGAACUAUUCAGGGGAUUAUUGUGAGACAUACGAAGGAAGUGGUCCUAAGAAAAGUGAAACACAGACGGCAGAACAGAAUGCCUCAAGACCUGUGUCUAUGAUGCCUGUUCCCGUGUUCAUCGGUGUCGUCGUCAUACUCGUCAUCAUCAUCAUCAUCAUUCUAGUUGUUUACAUAUGUCGAAGAAGGCAUGUGUGUAUGAUAAAAGGAAGGCGAAUGGGCUGCGAUGAUGUGUCCGGUCUAGAUCUAAAGCUCCUCGCUGAUGGCGCGGACACUGACCUCCAUGUCGCCUGCAAGGAAGGGAACCUACAGCGAGUCAGAGACAUUCUGGACCAGAGUCUGGUGGACAUCAACAAGCAGGGGAAAAGAGGAAUGACACCGGUGAUGUGGGCAGCAAGAAGGGGACACAGAGAACUGGUUGACUUACUUGUGAAGAAAGGUGCUGAUUUGAAAAUUGUGGACAAUGAUGAUAACAACAUCCUUCACUGGGCCUGUUAUGGAAAGCAUGUGACAAUGGUGAAACAUGUCGUCUCAAAGAACAUGGUUGACAUCAAAAGUAGAGGGUGGGAUAUGCGGACCCCACUCAUGUGUGCAGCUUGUCAGGGGAAUAUAGACAUGUUUCAGUUACUUGUAAGUAAAGGGGGUCUUGCUAUAGAAGCAGACAUAGAUGGGAACAACAUCCUUCGACUCGCCUGUUGGGGUGGCAAUGUGGAUAUUGUGCGCUAUAUCCUCUUACAUGAUACUGUAGACAUCGAUGGUAGAGGACAGUCCGGGAGGACUCCAUUGGAGGUGGCAGCAUGCAAAGGACAUGGAAAGAUCUUCGACCUACUUGUGACUAAAGGAGCCGAUCUCACUGUAGUUGAUAAUGCUGGUAACAACAUCCUCCAUUCGGCCUGUCUUGGGGGACAUGCGAAUAUUGUGAGCCGUGUCCUCAAGCUGGGCAAGGUGGACAUAAACAGUCGCGGUCAGUGCAGAAGGACGCCUCUGAUGAUGGCAGCAAGGAUGGAGGAUAAAGAAAUAUUUGACUUGCUCGUGAAAGAAGCUGAUACAACACUAGAGGAUGAUGAUGGUAACACCAUCCUUCAUCAUGCUUCUGAGGGAGGAAAUGUUGAUAUAAUGAAGGAUGCCCUCGGGGUGACGAAUGUGGACAUCAACGCCAGGAACAAGCAUCGUGAAACACCGACCAUGCUGGCGACAGAGGGUGGUGACGUGUGCAACCUCCUGGUACAACGUUGUGGACUUAUGCAGUAACUGAAAGAAAAAAAGGACUGGCAAAUUCUCCAGAUGAAAAUGUCCGUAUGAUAAAAUAGUUCCAGUACUUAUCUGAAAUAUUGUGAGCCUUGUAUUCCUCCUCAUCGUGAAUAGGAUGGACGUCAAAUUAAGAUAAACCAAAACUUCCUAUGAAAUGCAAGAAGAAUAGUACACCAUCCACGCCAUAUAUGUUGGGCAUAUCCGUUUUUCAGUAAAACAUAAUGAAUAUCAAUGAAUAGACUUGACCGGUUAAUUUACCCCCAACCUGUAUUUCCAGUAUGGACUUCAGAGCAAGAAUGGACACCUUUGUUCAGCAGCUAUUUUUCUGAAUGAACUGAAAUACUGAGGGUGUCACAGAACUGAUCUAUUCAGAGAGUACGACUGCAUUUCUGUGUUUAUUGCAUGGAACGUCGUUUCGAUUUCUUGUACCGUUAUCAAGCUGAAGUAUACUUCUAGAAUGCCGAUCAGAAAAUUGAAAUAUUGGUAUUUAAACAUAGCGGAAAGGCAUAAUGUGGAUACAGCUUUUGGGAAUAUCCUUUAUGCAAGGAGGCAUUCGUGGACGUAAAUGGACGACAGCAUUGCUAGACAAUAUGACCUGUAAUCACUGAAAGGUCAGUCAGCUUGCAUGUCCAAACAUGCAUCUCCUCCUAUCCCAUCCAACAAGACAGUCGGUGGUGUGCACUUUAAUAUCUGCAGUGUCUCAACACAUGGAGGCAUGACAGAUGAUCUGCUGCAAGAUGUUACCUGUUGCUCAUAUACCUUGCUUUAAUAGUAAAUGUGUGGACAACACGGAUCCUCAAUCACACAAUGCUUGUCCGUUGCUAGAUGUUCCGUUGCUGAUGAUGUAGAUAGUAGAGGAAGUAUAAUCAUUAAACACAUGUACAUGUGUCUAUCACACCAAUAUGUAAUGUCAAGUUAGCUGUCCAAUUGUCUGCAGACAGACCUGUUGUUUUACACCGAUACUGGAUGUGAACAGCAGGGUCAUGUUAGCAGUUAGUUAAUGCAAUGGAGGGCAUUUUCCUUUCUUCCCCGUAUAGCAUGAAAGCUGAUCGAAUAGUUUUGUGAUAGUUGUCUCCCUUAUACCAUAACAAUCCUUCAGCCAAUAUAAAACAGUUAAAGCUGGAACUAUUAACAUUCCAUGAACACAAAGAAAGUAUAUAAUGUUUACCUUGCAAUGAAUACUUAAAUCCACGUACUUGUGAAUCCAUGCUAUUUCGUAGCCCUAUUAUAUUGUGAUCGUAAUUGAUAUUGAUAAUUGAUUGUGAUGAUUGUGAUAAUCUUGCUAUCAAGCAGUCCUUCGACGACAGGACGUCAUAAAUGUCAGUAUGCUUGAUAUAAAUAACAUUAAUUUUGUCUCGUGACGAUAUUUCUGAAAUAUUGCCGAUGGGACGGUGCAUUUUACUCACUCACUCAAUACUCCACCCCAACCCUAAAUAAGGCCACUCCCGCUAAAUUACACUGUUUUCAUAUUGACUAAUAAUGUUUUGCAUUACUUCACUGAAUCAUAAACCGAUCUUGUACCCUGUAAUUCCAGCAUUUUGAUUAGCUGAACUGGUCACGUGAUCUCUAUUCGCAUUGUCCAUAACAAAUUAAGCUUCAUCCACUACCUACUUUCAACUCAAGGGACAGCCGGGGAAUUCCAAUAUUACAGUCUUACAUACAUGUACAACCUUUUCUACUUCACAUGCAUGGAGGCAAUUCAUAGAGUUUCAUUUUUUUUCAGUUCAUACCUCCAUGAACCGAAAACAUUACAAGUCAAUCCUUAAAUACAUUUCAUCCUGGAACCAAUUUGAUCUAAACAGACACCUCCAGUCCACUCCCUGCUACAGCGUUUAUUUUGUAACCUUGUUUCAUUAUGUUGCUAUAUUUGUACUUACGCUGUGAGGUAUGGGCUUAAUGUAUGUGUGUGUCAGAACAAAUACAAACCUGGACUUGACAUUGUAAUGUUUUACAUGUUUACAAAUUCCAUUCAGUUGUUUGGUAUGUGUUUACUAAAACAAAUUCAUUUUUUUGAGUUGCAAAAUUCAGUCUUAAAUUGACUGAGUUCCUGGUCCAACUUUUAUUGUACUGUCUUCACAAGCCUCUGCAAAAUCACUUGUCCAUCCCAUCGGGCCCUUUCACGUUUUUCAUUACCAUUGACUAUUUGAAGAACACGCGAGGCUUUUAAAACGUUUAAAUAUGUUGUUUUUCUGAUUGAUUCCACGUUUCAGCUUGCAUGUUGUUGUGAUGUCUGACCUACGACUGUGCUGCUCCAUCUCACUACAGAUAUAUUGUGUCGAGUCUGCUUGCUAUUUCAGUUAAUGAUGCAUGUGGGUUUAAGACACACACAUUAUUUAUAUUCAUUGUUCAAACUGAUUGCGUGUUUUAUCAAAUGUUUUAAUAUGAACUUGCAAGGUGUUGUUCUACGGCUGUAGCUUACAUAACACAUUUUA